ACCGUAUUGGACACUUCCGCCACGCUUCCGCCUCUCGGUUGACGUCCAGACUUGUAUGCCGAAGUUAUUAAAACAUAUAUUUAAAAGCAUUUGGGGCGUUGUUCUGGCCAACAUUAGCAACCCUUGUAUUCAAAUGAGUUAAACUGUCAUUGUCUAGCUGUUCUUGUAAGACACCAUUUGCAAAAUGCUCCUUUUUUGUCCCACAUGUGGGAAUGUUUUGAUCGUCGAGGAGGGACAGAAGUGCCUGAGGUUCGCCUGCAACACUUGUCCCUACGUACACAAUAUCACAAGAAAGGUCAACAACAGGAAUUAUCCUAAACUUAAAGAAGUCGACGAUGUUCUUGGUGGCGCCGCAGCUUGGGAAAAUGUGGACUCUACUCCUGAAACCUGUCCGAGGUGCGGGCAUCUUCGAGCAUACUUCAUGCAGAUUCAGACCAGAUCGGCAGAUGAACCUAUGACAACAUUCUACAAAUGCUGCAAUAUCGAUUGUGGCCAUCGGUGGAGAGAUUGAUCUGCUUGCAUUGUUUGGCACAACUGAUGUAAAAACCUUUGACUAUGGACUUCUCCACAACCCAUUCACCCGCUUCAUUUUGUGUUAUUUAUACUCUAAUAUUGAUUUUGGGAUGUCAUGGACAUGCCUUUUGAAAAUAAAAGGAAGUACCAGCUUUAA